AUGUUCCUCUGCAACCACAACUCCUGCCGCUCACAGAUGGCGGAUGGCUGGCUCCGCGCCCUGCGCGGCUCCGCCUCCGUGGGCGUGGCCUCCGCCGGCAUCGUGGGCGGCACGGCGGUGAAAGAGGGAGCCAUCACCGUCAUGAAGGAUGCUGGGGUGGACAUCUCGGCGUUCACCUCCGAUGCCAUGGCAGACUUCAAGCCCGAACACUUCGACGUGGUCAUCUCCUGCUGUGGCUGCGGCAGCAAGCUGGACGGUGAGAAGGAGGCUUGGAAGAAGCGUGCGAUGUUCAUGGAUUGGAACUUGGAUGAUCCACCUGCCAUCGACCCUGGCGACCUUUCCGCCUACAAGCGCGUGCGAGACGAGAGCAAAGCCAAGGUUCAGGAGCUGCUUGACACCUUGCAGAAGCCGUAUGGACCGCACUACAAGAAGAACGUGAUGUUCCUCUGCAACCACAACUCCUGCCGCUCGCAAAUGGCAGCCGCCUGGCCAACCAACCCAUCCGACAGUUGUCCCAAAGUAGGGUUUCGGGUUUAG